ACAGGCCUCAGGCCGGCACCGGUCCGAGAUGAUACUUCUUACCUUUAUUUUGGGACUGUUGUCCCAUCAGGCACAAGGUUUGUUCCAGCCUCUGAUUAGAGUAAACCACAAAGAUCUGGUUGAAUCAGACGUGGUUCUAGACUCUGGUUCUCGACUUGUUUUGACUUGUGAGGGUGAGCAGCCUGUAAAGUGGGUACCUCGGCUAACUAAACACAAACGCUACAGCAGGUCUACUGGAAACAAAUGCACCUUCAGUGUGGAAAGUGCAACUGCUGAGUUCACAGGCACUUAUAAGUGUGUUGGCAAGGAAACCUCAGACUUCUCAUCUGUGCACGUGUUUGUAAAAGAUCCAAACAUUUUGUUCGUGACUCCACUCUCAUCUCUGCGGUUUAUUAAGAAGGAAGGGGAAGAUGCCCUCCUGCCUUGUCUUCUCACUGAUCCUAGUGCUACUAACAUCCAUCUCCGAAUGAAAAAUGGGAAUCCUCCUCCUGCUGGCAUGAAUGUCACGAUUUACCCCAAAAAAGGGGUGCUAAUCCAGAGUCUUCACCCUAAGUACAAUGCUGAAUAUGUAUGUAGUGCCUCAGUAAGAGGCGCGGAGAAAGUGUCUUCAACCUUCAGCAUCACCGUCGUCCCUCGACCCUCUUUUCCACCCUCUGUAGCCCUGAAGGACAAAGAUUUUGUGAGACUUCUUGGGGAACAACUGCAAAUUAUUUGUUACACCCACAACCCAACCUCUAACUACAACAUCACCUGGAAACACUCAUCUAAUGUGGAGUUACCUUCCCCAGUGGAGAAACCUGAAAUGCAGGGUGAGAGAUUUUCCAUCAGUAGUAAGCUGACCCUGCCUGCAGUUAGCCUGGCGCACUCAGGUAACAUUACCUGUACUGGAGCUAAUGAAGCUGGAGUCAACACAUCAACCACAAGUCUGCUGGUUGUUGAGGAACCAUACCUAAGACUGUCCCCUGUAAUAUCCCCCCUCCUGACCCAAAAUGGUCUGUCCAUUGAUGUUCACGAGGGCGAGGAUGUAAAACUGCAGUUAAACAUAGAGGCCUAUCCACCAAUCACAGUGCAACAGUGGGAGGGUCCAACAUUUCCCAACAGCUCCCAACCCGAAACCAGGUUCAUCAGCCAUAACAACAGGUAUGAGGCAAUGCUGUUUCUGAAGAGAUUAAACUCCAAGGAGCAGGGCAGAUACACAUUUUAUGCUAACAGUAGCAUGACCAGCGCUUCCAUAACAUUUUCCAUCCAGACAUAUCAAAAGCCAGUAGUUGGGGUGAAGAGGAAAAAUGAAAGCUAUCUGACAUGCACAGCGUUUGGCUACCCUGCUCCCAGAAUCGACUGGUACAAGUGCCAAGGAACCAGGCAAACUUGUAGAGAGAACUCCACAUCAGAUACUCAUCCUCUAGUCCCAGUACAGACGGUCACAGUGCAGACGGACAAAUUUGAGCCAGUCAAAGUGGAAAGUGUUUUAACCAUCACACCAUCCAAUGAGAAGAUGACUGUGGAGUGUGUUGCACAUAAUCUUCUUGGUGAAAGCAGUGAUACAUUUCCAGUAGACCAGUCCGAAAAACUGUUUACUGCUUCACUUGCUGGAUCACUAGGUGUAAUGGUCUUCUUAUUACUGCUCCUCAUCUUUCUCCUGUAUAAAUACAAACAGAAACCCAAAUAUGAAAUUAGAUGGAAGAUCAUUGAAGCUACAGAUGGAAACAACUACACAUUCAUCGACCCCACCCAGCUUCCUUAUAAUGAAAAAUGGGAAUUUCCCAGAGAUAAACUAAAACUUGGGAAGAUUUUGGGUUCUGGAGCAUUUGGUAAAGUAGUGGAGGCUACAGCAUAUGGUAUGGGGAAAGAUGACAAUAUAACUCGUGUGGCUGUUAAAAUGCUCAAAGGCAGUGCUCGUUCAGAUGAGAAGGAAGCUUUGAUGUCAGAACUGAAGAUACUGAGCCAUAUUGGGGAGCAUGAGAAUAUUGUAAACCUGCUGGGAGCCUGCACAUAUGGAGGUCCUGUGCUGGUCAUCACUGAAUACUGUUGCCAUGGUGACCUCUUGAACUUCCUGCGAAGUGAAGCGGAGAGCUUCUUAAACUGUGUGGUGAAAAUCCCGGAUAUCACAGAGGAGAUAAGCAACUAUAAGAACGUCAUGACUGAGAAGAUGUUUGUUAGAAGUGACAGUGGGAUUUCCAGCACGUGUUCAGACAGUUACUUGGAUAUGAAACCUCUAACAGCCAGAUCUGUUCAGACUAAACGUGCCUCUUACUGUAAGGAUCAGAUUGAAGACUCAUGGCCGUUAAAUAUGGACGACCUGCUAAGAUUCUCAUACCAGGUUUCUCAGGGCCUUGAGUUCCUUGCAGCUAAAAAUUGUAUCCACAGAGAUGUUGCAGCCAGGAAUGUUCUCCUGACAGAUGGACGUGUGGCAAAAAUCUGUGACUUUGGGCUGGCUCGUGAUAUUAUGAAUGAUUCAAACUACGUGGUUAAGGGAAAUGCUCGUUUGCCGGUGAAGUGGAUGGCUCCAGAGAGCAUCUUUGAGUGUGUGUAUACAGUACAGAGUGACGUCUGGUCCUAUGGUAUUCUGUUGUGGGAGAUCUUCUCACUGGGUAAAAGCCCAUAUCCAAAUAUCCUGGUGGAUUCCAAGUUCUAUAAGAUGAUAAAGUCUGGCUAUCAAAUGUCCCGCCCUGAUUUUGCCCCACCAGAGAUGUACACUAUUAUGAAAAUGUGCUGGAACCUUGAGCCCACUGAACGACCGACUUUCAGCAAGAUCAGUCAGCUCAUCGAGAGACUGCUUGAAGACACACCAGAUGAGACUCAGUACAAGAAUACGCAUUCAGAAGUACUGGAUGAAGAGCAGCUGGAGACAUGUGACCCCGCCAAAGGUAAUGAAGAUUCAUGCGAGCAUGAGGAAGAGGAGCAGCCACUGAUGAAAGCUAACAACUACCAGUUCUGCUGAAGCCGGUUUGAAACUGCUCACAGAGGAUAAAUCCUGCAUCAAAUGAGGUCUAAUGAUCAGCUACAACUGCUGAGUUUCAGUAUUCGAGUAAGGCUUCUCUGAUUGUGCCACAUUCAUCUCAGUAAAACUGCCUUUACUUCUGGUGUCUUAUGAAGUUAAAAAAAGAAAGAAAAUCUUAAAUUGUGAGCACCACUCACAGCCUGUGUUGGACUUGCUUGGCAUGUACACAGCAGUUCCUUGUUUCGAUGCAUAAAAAAGUUAAUUCAGCAUUUUUAACUUUCAGUUCAAGUUUUAAGAAAGCUUACAUUGUUCACUUCCGCAUUUAG